GGUGAAGAUUUCUGAUAGGAGCUCUGUAACUCAUUGCGAAACAUUUGUCCAACAACAUCCAGGUUGGGUAGUUCAACUAUAUAUUUGGUUAUUCUUUCUAGUCUAAAUAAUUGAGCAAUUCUGUUUUCGAUUUUUUGAAAACAGAAAUAUUUUCUUGCUAGCUACAUUACUUUUCAACACGACAUCAUAACGUUGUUGUCACACGUGGAUACUACUACUGCCGUGAGUUAGCUCAUUUGCUAAUUCCUAGCUUAGCUACCAUUUGUUAGCAAGGACAUUUUCGUUUUCAUAGGUUAGCUUUUUGUGUUAGACACGAUCGUUCAUGUGAACGUAUAGUGUGAGAUUCGAUGCCUCCUGCAAGCAAACGGACGAGAAAAGAGGACUCACUGCUGGAGUUGGCGUGUGAGUGGGGGUCCUGCCAAGAUUCGUUCGAUCGGAUGCAGGAGUUCUGCGAGCAUGUGGAGGGUCACCUCAAGGCGCUGGACAUAGAGGACGGGGGAAAUUACUCAUUUGAGGAGCACAGCUGUCUAUGGAAAGAUUGUGGGUUCUGCUCUGUGGAGAGUGCCGAGGAGUUUAAGCGCCACGUCUAUUUCCACUGUUACCACACCAAGCUGAAGCAGUGGGGCCAGGGGGUACUCAAGGGCCAGCCCAGCAUCGGCACCUGCACCAUUGGCCUCCACAACCGCAACAUCGUGCCUGACAUCACAGACAACUUCAUCUGCCAGUGGGAGCAAUGUGAGCAACCCUCCCUUGCUAACCCAGAGUGGUUCUACCGCCAUGUGGAGAUGCACAGUAUGUGUAUGGAUGUACCCUCUGCUGAUAAGGAGCUCUUGGUGCGCUGUGGCUGGAAGGACUGCGAGGCCACGUUUAAAGGGCGUUUUAAGCUGCGGGAGCACCUGCGGAGCCACACUGGGGAGAAGGUAGUGGCCUGCCCAAUCUGUGGAGGGAUGUUUGCCAACAACACCAAGUUCUUUGACCACAUCAGACGGCAGACCACCAUCGAGGGUCAGAGGUUCCAGUGCUCCCACUGCUCCAAACGCUUUGCAACAGAGAGACUACUGAGGGACCACAUGAGGAAUCAUGUAAAUCACUACAAGUGUCCAUUGUGUGAUAUGACCUGCCCAUCCCCCUCAUCACUGCGGAACCACAUAAAGUUCCGCCAUAGCAACGAGAAGCCUUACAGCUGUGAAUACUGCGAGUACAGCUGUAAGAACCUGAUCGACCUUCGUAAACACCUGGACACCCACAGCACUGAGCCGGCCUACCGCUGUGACUUCAACAACUGUGACUACACCACACGCUCACUGCACUCCAUCAAGAACCACUACAAGAAAGUACAUGAGGGAGAUUUUGUGGCUCGCUACAAGUGUCAUGUCUGUGAGCAGUGCUUCACUAGGGGAAACAACCUCACUGCCCACCUCCGUAAGAAGCACCAGUUCAAAUGGCCCCCUGGACACCCCCGAUUCAGGUAUAGGGAGCAUGAGGAUGGCUUCAUGCGUCUGCAGCUGAUCCGCUAUGAGAGUGUGGAGCUGACCGAGCAACUGAUGAGAGAGAGACCGGAGGGCCACGAGGGGGAGGGGGAGGACGCUGCCCGGACAGAUAUCCUGGGGCCUGGGGAGGAUGCCAGGGUAGUAGCACACUCCACGGAGGUACAGGUGGAGCUGAGAGGGGUGCUGUUGGAGGGGGAGCAGGAGGAGGGUGUGUUCUAUGAUUUGACUGGGGGGGACUCGUCUCAGGCAGGGGAGGACACUGUGAUCCUGCAGCUACAGGACACUGCUCAGCAGCUGGGCAUGCAGGUGGUAUAACCACUACAACCCCUCACAUAGACAUGCUGCUCAUCUAAUGGCUUGUUCCUCUGAGAUACUGAGCAGUGACACAGCACAGAGGCACCAGGACUAAGGGAAGGACGGGAGAGCUUUACCGUUUUUUUUUGCAUACCUGUCUACUGAGUAUGAGGAGGGGGAACUCUUCAAGGAUUCACACAUCCUAAAUAUUGGGAUUUAACCAGCAGGACUGGCCUUACCUGCCCUCACUGCAGGGCCCUCACUCCUCAUAGCACUCUGUCAGAAGAUAUGGAGUUGAUAUUGUGGAUGUGAUUUCUUGGACUGAAGAGUUGUUUUCCAACGUCUGAUCCUCGAUUGUUGGAGACCAAGACAGUUGCUAUGUUUUGCAUUAUGAACAACUUUGAGCUGAGCUGAAUGGACUUCAUAGGUGUAUACUAUAAAGCAGGAUCAAUGAGUUAGCCAGCUAGUCUUAUAUAACUUGUUAUAACCGAAUGAGUGUGCUCGCAUACACCCUUAAAUGACCUUUGCUUGAAAAAUUUGAAAAAAAGCGACAAUAGUACUGUUUGUCUAAUCAGAAUUAAUCUAAGAUGACUCAAGACAUUUGUAAUUAAUCUUGAUGUUUUUGACAAAGAAAUCUUAGUCGUGCAAUUUUAUAUCUAAGAUGUUUGGUGAAGUAUUUUUCAAAGGAAAAAAUUUGCUUGAAAAUGAGUCAUCUCUCGUUGAAUGACAACAGACUAUUCAAGAAUCCAUACUGUUGACCAGUCACAGACAAAGGGGUGUGAGCUUCGGCUCCGAACUUCGGCUUGCCUCCAAAACGUCACAAAAUGUCAUCUUAAUAUAUGCAUAAACUCUGCCAAAUUGUUUUGGCUGGGAAGCAUGAGGACGCCUUAAUUCAGUGUUUUCCAACUCCAGUCCUCGAAUACACCCAAACAACGCAUAAUUUUGUUGCUCUGGAGAAUUUCAUCUAAUUCAACUUAUUGAGGGUUUGAUGAUUAGUUGAAUCGGGUGUGCUUGUCCAGGGCUACAACAAAAAUGUGUUGAAUACAAUUGAUUCAAGUUAAAAUAAAAUAACCAGAAAAUGAAUAGUUAUUGCUGGUUGUUUAUCUAAGUUAGCUGGCUAACUCAUUGACCCUGAUUUUUAUUAUAUCUCUCAGCUGUUUGAUUUGACAUUUGUUUUUUGGUCCUGGGCAAUAAACAGAUUGUGCUUUUUAUUGGCUUGUAUCGUAUUUUGCAUUGCUGUCACUCACCUUUUUAGAGCGUGUAUAUUUAGUUUGAUGCACAUUUCAGAACAUUGCAUGUAGAUGUGAACUGAUGAUUCUCUAUCAAGUGAAGCAGAACGUUGUGUAUAAUACUUAUCUAUAUUUUGCGCUUAAUUAUCCCACAGAAAUGGAUUUACUGCGUGUGCGUGCCUGUGUGUGCAUGGUGUGAAAGAGAGCAUUCUCUGGCCUAGAAUCUAAUCCACUUAGUGGUGCUCUUGCAUCCGGCUUGUUGCCCGUCAGACACUUCCUCCAAUGAUGGACAAGACUGGCAGACACAGAGAGGCUAUGUACAGGACUGAAAUAGGAUGUUGAGGCUCUUGAUUGUUGCCACUCUAUUCAACGGCAGAGAUGGAAUCCAUACUUUUUGCUCUAGUCGUGCAGCUAUUGCAAUGCACUCAAGAAAGCCAUUCUUAUAACAAUAUCUUGUUAUUUCUCGCCUCCUUUUCUUAUACACUACAAUUGCACAUCCAUACAAAACUGUAUAAUGUACAUGAAUAUAUCUGCAACCCAUGCUAUGGCUCUGUGUAAGCACAGCACAUAGUAUUAUAUCUGUGGUAGUAGUGGAUGGGUUGUUGUUAGCUGUGUUUAAAAGAUUAACCAGUCCUAGGAGCUUAGUGUUAGCAGCACUCACUGUGCUCUGCUUCCUUACUCUGUCGCUAUCUCUGGACCCUACUGCAGAUAGAGUUCAUGCAGAACACCUGAAGACUACUUGGCAUGCUUCUGUACCUUUUUAUGGAGAUUUAAAUGGAAGUUUGAGGAGAAACAUCCAUGCAUGCUUUUUCUUUGGUUCAGAACUGAGUUGUUUACCUCUCCUGCUUGUAGAGACUGCUACUGAGGGACAGAAGACAGGCAACCAUGAGACUGUACUCACUGCUGCUUCUGCUCCUGGGGUCCUCACAUGGGGUAUUCGCACAGCUGCCUGAGUUAAUGGAGGAGGAAGGUAGCGGUGUGACAGAGGUGACUCCAGAGCCAGAAACUGUGGAUGACACAUACUGGUCAGGCACAGCCCCCAUCUGUAUGGGAGGUUGUAAGGGGAGACACCAGGAACUGAAGAAGGAUCGCUGUGGGGACUCUGACUGCUGCUGGUUUGGCUAUAAAUCCCUCUGCAGAGGUACCACUCCCACAUGUAACCUUUAUCUGCUUUACCCUGCUCUCUCACUGUAGUGUAGCACAUUCAUCAUCAUAAUUACAUAAAAAUUCUAUCAAAUUGUAUUUUCCAACAGGAAAUGAAUGAAUUUUUCAGUACACUGAAAUGUAUCAAACUAAAAUUGGAAAUACAUUGUACUAUCUUUAUCUUCUCAUACAGUAUAUUAGUCAUUAUUCUCUACUUUGCGCAUGCUCUGUUUGUCCUGUUUGCUCUUGUUCUGUAGUGUUUGUCCUGUUUGCUCUUGUUCUGUAGUGUUUGUCCUGUUUGCUCUUGUUCUAUAGUGUUUGUCCUGUUUGCUCUUGUUCUAUAGUGUUUGUCCUGUUUGCUCUUGUUCUAUGGUGUUUGUCCUGUUUGCUCUUGUUCUAUGGUGUUUGUCCUGUUUGCUCUUGUUCUAUGGUGUUUGUCCUGUUUGCUCUUGUUCUAUGGUGUUUGUCCUGUUUGCUCUUGUUCUAUAGUGUUUGUCCUGUUUGCUCUUGUUCUAUAGUGUUUGCUCUUGUUCUAUGGUGUUUGCUCUUGUUCUAUGGUGUUUGCUCUUGUUCUAUGGUGUUUGUCCUGUUUGCUCUUGUUCUAUGGUGUUUGUUCUGUCCUGUGUGGUUCAGUGAACUGUGGGAGGCCUGAUGUGGACUAUAACGGGAUGGUGUACGGGAACGACUGGUGGGUGGGCUCAGUUGUCCGGUAUGCCUGUCGCUCUGGCUUCCUAUUGGUGGGGGACCCGGCCCGAGCCUGCCAGUCCAAUGGAGGCUGGACCCCCAAACCCUCCUGUCUCAGGGUGUGUCGUCAGGGCCGUGUGGAGAUCACUGAGAAGGAGCUAGAAACAGCUACCUGCUCCUCCACCUGUCCCCUUAAGUCCUACAUGGGGCCUCUUAAGCAGGGCUGCUACGGCAUCGACAACUGCAGGAAGAUGAAUCCUGACUGGAAGCGCUGGUUCACCCGCUGUGACACGUGCCUGUGUGAUUGCCACAUUGCCUGUGGUAAGUAGUAAACUUUUACGCCCUUGAGUGGUACAGUCCAUUGACUGAUGAUAGCUAAAUAACUGGGCAUGUCAACUAGCAGGCAAUGAAGUUAAACCAGAUUAGCUCAUUUCAAUGAAUGGGUGGAAUGGGUGUGAGUUUGUUGAGUUCUUGAAAAAUGUGUACUGUAGAGUGUGGUUAAUAAUUUGUUCACAACGUGUUUAUUAAAUUUGAUAUCCAACUUAAGGUAACCCAUUCAUAUUUCACAAGUUCUAAAAUCUUUGGCCCACACAACAAACACUUCCCCACAAUGUAUUUUAUCUUUAAGUAUCUUUAGGUUAAAAGACGGACACAUUCCACUAAAAGAGUGACUAGAAUAUGUAUUCCAAAAUCAUCACAAGGAUAUCGGUGGACAGCCUAACAUCACAGAUCCUCAUUGGAAUCUCAAUCGGAAUGCUCGAAUCCUCGUCUGACUAUUGCUGCUUCAUCUGCUGUCAAAAGGAGGAUCAAAGGGAAACCUAGCGAGACAUCUCUGUGGAACUAACAACAGUCUGUCGUGAGAGACUGUGGUCCUAACCUCAACAACCUCAUAGGGUUAACGUAUAGAACACAGUGGAGGUAAAGACACUACUUUUCCUCAGUUUCCUAAACAAACUCCCUGACUACAUAAAGGACUCAUCAUGCAGCGUAUAUUAACAGUUUUGACGAUAGAGGGGGAGGCCUCUCCUAGUGUAGAGGUUCUGUUGGGAUUAACGAGUUGUCCUUUAGCUCAACCUGCUCAUUCAAUCUGUCCUGGAACCUAGAAUGAGCUAGUUGUUGAGCUGAGACCUUAAUCUUGUUACCCACCGCAGCCCAGAGGAGAGUAGAGGUGUCGGUGGAAGUCAGAGAGGAGGACCAGGUUAACUAUCUAACAGCAUGUUUACUGUACUGCAUGUGGGGAUAGCUUGGAAUACAUAAUAUGCUAUGUGUAUUUCUAAAUGGAUGGGGAUAUACAAUAUUAACGAAGUGUGUCUUCAUUUCUCCUUAUGUUACAGCCAUUGGUUGGACUGUCUAUUGCUUAAGAGUUACCCAGACGUAGAUGGUUGUCCAAAGUCAAAGGUGCUUCCUCACUAACAAUGUUAGUUGUUGAUGAUUUGUCAUUGUCUUAUAAAUCCAACUCUGUGUUUAGACCAUAGGGAUCUAGAUUCAUUCUAUUUUGAAUCCAUUCUAUUUAAUUAUAUUUGUUUAUAUCAAGAGCUGAGCCUCAGGAUAUGUUUGUUUUCUUUGCGUUUAUAGCAGCCAACUCCUGCAAUGAAAUGAACAUGACCAAGUCAAACAUUAUUUUGUCUGAGCAAUGCUAUGCUAACAACUGCUUAUUACACACAGAAUGGAAUAGUGGGAGAACAGAAGAAUAAGAGAUGAUUCAUUAAGCACUGUUUUAGACCCGCAAGAACCUGCAUCCACUCUGACAGUAGCUCCCAGGAGGUCUGAUUGGCCUCAUUUCCAGCCACUCAAUUCACACGCUUCCAGGGGCAGCCCAAAGUCUGGGUAACUCUUUCUCUGUGAACCUAUUAAAUGGAGAGCAACAAGUGUAAGUUCAUCAUGCAACAAGGCAGGAUAGGCUAUGAUGACUGACCAUACCGUACAACAUUUUGAUAAGAGAAAUUGACUUUGAUUUCUGGAAGUAUGUCAUUGUCAAAUGUAUACGAAUUAAGCCUGAAAAUGUAUGAUUAUACAAGAGAUUACAUAGACUUCUCUGUCAAAUAAAAUGUAUUUAAAUGUGUGUUUAGUGUUAAUAAUGAUGCUAAUACUGACCAAUGUUCCUUACUUAAAGUCGUGGUCUGGGUCCUCCAGUCUCCUCAUGGGCCCCAAUAGUACUCCCCCUUCCACCACCGAGCUGGAGUAGACCUGACCACCCAAUUCUCCAUUGGACAAGCUCACUCUCACACAGACAGCCUGAUAGGCACUGCCACCCUCACUGGACCUACAAGAUGCAACAAGAACCCAAGAUAAUGAAGGCUUAUUAUGACCCUUCAAGUGGGUAUGUACUCUCUUUAGUGUUCAAUAUGAAACCAUGAUAACCGUAAAUUAAAAGACAAGUAAUAGCAUUAUGUAGUGACAGUUUAAUGUGUACGCUGACAUUUACUUUCAUAUUCAAUCAACCGACAUGAGCAAUACUGUUUGCAGGACAUGACGUACAGCAACACAAUAUAUAGAUGUGAAUGUGGCACUAUAGCUGUAAUAUCUCAGAGCACCCAAUAAAUAUAAUUGGAACUCACCUCCCUGUGCGAGUGUCCCCAGUAUCAACAGCUGCAGAAGAGCCACAUAGAGGAGAGUUGUAAGUCCUGGUGCCAUUAUGAUGAUGCUACCUGCGUCUCAAAUCCAGAUGUCUCUUGCUUUGUCACACACACAAGAGCACUUCUUCAACUGUACCUGACCCCAGUGAUCCCCAUUUGAGCACAUUCCAUCCCCAUGUUGCCAUGGUUUAUGUUUCUUAUUUAUCCAUUCAGCAAAAGGCAUUGUGGAAUAAGGUCGGCACGCUCUUUAAGAACACACACGUAUGACAAAUCAAGACUGCGCCUAAGAAAAUGGCUUUUCUUUCAAAUGUUCCCUUUUGCUCCAUUUAAGAACUUAUUUUCACAAGGCCAUUCUUCAAGCAUAUUGUGAAUAGAAAGUGAUGUGUUAGCUUGUCAUUGAUAUAAUAAAGCAGAAAUCUGCAUU